AUGAGAGGCAGCGCAAUAGCGCACCCAAACACCCACGGCACCCAGGAGUCCCACUCUAGGGAUAGCGAACGGGCCGUUCCGGAAGAUAUCGAUGUUGCCACACCGGUGGCGGAAGAUGAAGCGGGCGAGGACGUAGACGCCGGCUGUGAAGUCAUCGAAGGCGUGGAAGAUGAGCUAGUCGCAGUGUUCGAUAGAGUGCCUCCGCCUGUGCUAGACGAAGUACUACCUGCCGAAGCGCUAGUUGUCUGCGCCCCGCCCGUGGUCGCGGUCUCUGUCGUGGCCGACACCCCCGUGGUCAUGAUCGGCCCGCCAGGAUUCUCAGACGUGAUAUUCGGCAGCGGAUUGCCAGUCAAUAUCGUCGUGUCCAAGACGCACACGCCGCCUAUGCAUGUAUAUCCGACUUGA